AUGAACACACCCGGCCAUUUGGCCCCUGGCCUGUGGAAGCAUCCUCGAAAUCAAACAGACCAGUACAAGAAACUUUCAUUCUGGACGAAUCUCGCACAACUUUUGGACAAGGCAAAUUUCCAUGCUAUGUUCAUUGCGGACACCCUUGGCCCAUACGACGUUUACAAAGGCCCGGCUAAUGUAGUCCCAUCACUCGCCUCGGGCGCACAAUUCCCAGUCAAUGACCCUCUCUAUCUGGUCCCUGCCCUGGCUGCAGUAACCAAGAAUCUCAUUUUCGGCGUCACUGCUAGCGUGACUUACGAAAAGCCUUAUUCACUGGCACGCCGCUUGUCGACGGUUGACCACCUCAGUGAUGGGCGCUUGGCGUGGAAUAUCGUCACUUCUUAUUUGGACAGCGCUGCAAAGAACCACGGAUUGACGGAGCAAAUUCCGCACGAUGAGCGAUAUGCUAUUGCACACGAGUAUCUGGAAGUUCUGUAUAAGCUUUGGGAAGGCAGUUUUCGGGACGGUGCUGUUAUCGCUGAUCGUGAAGCCGGAACCUAUAUCGAAAGCGAUGCUGUUCGGCAAAUCAAUCACAAGGGGAAAUACUUCGAUGUACCGGGCCCCCAUUUUUGCGAGCCAUCCCCGCAGCGGACUCCGUUCCUCUUCCAGGCUGGGGUUUCGGAGGCUGGGAAUGGGUUUGGGGGUAAGCAUGGCGAGGCCAUCUUCAUCGGGGGCCAGACACCCGAAGGGACCCGUUCGACCGUGGAUAAUAUUCGCAAAAUCGCGCAAGGAGAGGGGCGUGACCAGAAUCAUAUCAAAGUUAUUGUUGGCAUCAAUGUGAUCGUCGCGGCCUCAGACGAGGAAGCAAAAGCAAAGAGGGAGGAGUAUCUUCGAUAUGCGGAUGAUGAAGGCGCUCUCGCAUUAUUUGGUGGGUGGACAGGCAUCGACUUAUCAACUUACUCAGAUGAUGAAGAUUUCCGUUUCAGCGACUCUCCACGCGUGCAAUCAGUCGUGCGAAGGUUUUCUUCCACCGUUCCGGGUACGGAGAAUCUCCCAUGGACCAAGCGAAGGAUCGUAGAAUACAUCAGUGUUGGCGGUCUUCAAGCCAAAGUAGUUGGCAGUCCUAGAACCGUUGCAGAUGAGCUGGAGAGAUGGGUUGAGAUUGCUGGAGUGGAUGGAUUCAACCUGGCACAUAUCACGAACCCGGGAUCUUUUGAGGACAUUAUUGAAUUUCUCCUUCCCGAGCUCAGACGCCGAGGAAUUUUCCGUGCAGAGGUUGAGAAGGGGGGGUGCUACUGCAAGGGAUGUGUUCAUUGGGUCGGAUCGAUUGCCUGA